AUGUUUGACCUCUACAGAACCCUCGGCGAGUUUGCGGUCCCGCCAAAACAAUGUCAUCAUUUUUGGCGUCAUCCGAUCGAUUUCUCCUUAUUUUUUUUUUCUUUUUUUUGAAUUUCCUGACGUAAUUCGUGCAUUUUCGAACUCUAAAAAACACUUUCGGUUUUCCUAAGUUCAAAUUGAAAAAGGGUAUGCUCCAAAAAAGUUAUUUAGGAAAGUUUGUUCACAAGAUUUGAUUUUGUACUUAUAUUUCUCGGUUUAUUCGCUUUUUCGUGUCAUUUUUUGUAUUCAAAUUUGUUUUUCAGGGAUUCCCCGGCGAUUUCUUCGCGGAAUUACAGAACUGAGCAAGAAAGCGACUUUCAGAAGCUAAUUCAAGGAAAAAGAUGAUUUAUGGAACGAAUUCGAGUUGAUUUGGGACCCGUUUUUUUUUUGUUCUGAAAUGUUGCUUUCUUGCUCAGUUCUGUCUACAUUUCGACUUCGACAAACGAAAGGUGAAUUUCUUUUUAGUUUAAGAUUUUUGGCGCUCGGACAAUUGCGAAAGCUUGUGUUAUAUAUUUAACCUUUGAAAACUCAUAAAGUUUAUUUUUCUCAAGGCGUCGAAUAAUUUGCGAAUUUCAGAGCGUCAAGCUUUGAGAUUCCGUGAAAUGUUUCCUCUAGUUUUAACUUUUCAGAGGUCAUGCACGACGAAAUCAGCCAUCUACACUCUUCUUUCCGGCGUUAACACGGCUUCUUCGUUUGGAUCAGAGGAUGGAACUUCGAAGUCGUCAAGAAACCGCUUUAGGUGAUUUUCAAAGAAAAAUUGAUUGAAUUGAUAAUUUUAUCAUUUUCAAAUGACAUCGAAACAUCCAGAACGACGAUGACGACCAUUCCCAGUCGUAAUGUGAUUCAAUUCAAAAGAAUACUUGGAUUUUGACGACCGAGAAAGCUAUUUUCUUGUUUUGGAUGUUUCAAUGUGAAUUUCUGGUAUUGUUAUGAAGAGCUAUUGAAGAUUACUCCGGCUGUUAUAUUUGUCUGGAGAGGGAUGUACCAUUUUUCGAAUGAUCUCGAUGUUUCAAAUAUGUCGAUUCCAACAGAAAAUUGGGUUUCUGUGAUUCACGGAUGCCUGAAUUCUGGAAACGCGUCGAGUAUUUUUCCUCCGACGUCAACUUUGAGAAUUAUGUUAAUUGUUGAAGGGAUGUUGCAUCCAGGAGUACUCUUUGCUGCCCUGCUUUUUCCGAUUUCAACUUGAUAUUAAAACCACGCCGUUUAGAGUGAUUUUACUCUGUUUACUUGGCGAAAUUCUGAAAAAGCCAUGUUUCAGAAGCUUCUCCGAGUGAAACAGCUCAAAAUCACUUCUAAACGGCGUAUUUUUGAUGCGGAAUUCGAGUUGAAAUUGCAAAAAGCAGGGCAGCGGAGGGUACUCCUGGAAGCACCCUCCUUUCAGCAAUUAACAUAAUUCUUGAAGUUGACGCCGGGGGAAAAAUACCCGACGUGCUCCAAGAAUUCUGGAAUCCCAGAUGGCUGUCUUUUGCGGGAAACGCCUGGCGGACACGAACUCGGGUUGCCAUAUUGAGAGCGAGGCCACUCGCCACUCGACCAAACGUCCCUGGUCGGCGAGAGGCAAUCGGUCCCUCGACUGUAGUUUGGUCCGCGGCGCCAAAACAUUGCGUCAUCCUUCCAUGGCCUUCUAGAACUUCUUUUUGCGUCAUUCUUUACAAAUUAUAAGGCUUUUCGAAUUAUUUUAAUUCAAUAUGAAGCUUUUAUUAGUGUAUUGAAUGAUAGUAUGGUACACUUCUAAGCUUCAUACUUUCUUUCAUUCAUUUCCAGCGUUUAAUAAAUAGAAUUGAUUCAUUUUCAUGACUUUUUGCGAUCAAUUUUGAAUGAAACGAAGGUUGAGGCUGGUCUUCCUCAUGAUAGUGUGUUAUAAGUCAGAGCUUAUCUUCUUUAUGAUUAUUCAAGUAAUUAAAUCUAAUGAUUUUUUUCAAAUUAUAGACGGACUGGAUUGAAAGAGGAGCUGAUUGGAUGA